AUGUCUGCAAUUCCGGAUUCCAUACUUCGAGUCGGCUAUGACCUCCUCGACAGGGGCCUCGUUCCAGACUUCAUCCUACGUCGGGCGAUACGAAUGCUAUGCCGCCAGCGUCUGCGAGAGAUUGACGCUGGUUCGUUCGAGGAGAACCAUGCUGCGAAGAUGCGUUGGAUAGAGGAGGUUCGGGCCAGGAAGACGAUUGCGGACGUCCCAGAGAAGGCGAACAAACAGCACUAUGAGGUCUCUACGGCCUUCAUCCUGUCCACGCUAGGCCCCUACGGAAAGUACUCCUCAUGCCUGUACCCGACUGGGAAGGAGACCCUCGCGGAGGCGGAGAAGCUGAUGCUCGAGAGCUACUGCAUCAAAGCGCAGAUGAAGGAUGGGCAGGACGUGUUAGAUCUGGGGUGCGGCUGGGGCAGUCUUUCGCUCUUCCUCGCCGAGAAAUAUCCCAACUCACGUAUAACGGGUCUCUCCAACUCCUCGACGCAGAAAAAGCACAUCGAUGCGGAGGCGAAGCGAAGGGGCUUAAGCAACGUCGAGAUCAUCACCGCCGACGUUAAUACGUUUGAGUUUGACACGUCGAAGAAAUUCGAUAGGAUUUUGAGUAUCGAGAUGUUUGAACACAUGAAGAACUACCAUGCACUCCUCAAAAAGGUCUCCUCCUGGUUGAGGCCUCGGAGCGCGAAGGCCGUCUUAGGCCCGUCGGAAGAAACGCAAAACGAGGCAGACGAAUCCCUUCUUUUUAUCCACAUAUUCUGUCACCGGACGACGCCGUACCACUUUGUCGAAGACGACGGUUGGAUGGCGAAGAAUUUCUUCUCUGGGGGUACUAUGCCUUCGCAUGAUCUUUUCCUGUACUUCCAGUCAGACCUGACUCUGCUUCGAAGCUGGUACAUUCCCGGCACGCAUUAUUCACGCACGCUGGAAGACUGGCUGAAGUUGCAAGACAAGAACGGGAAACACGGACUGAAGGAGCUGGAGAAGGACGCUGAGGAAAAGGGCCAGUCGGCUAUUGAAGGAAGGAAAGCGUUUUACCGGUUCCGCGUCUUUUACAUGGCAUGCUCAGAGCUGUUCGCGAUGGAUAAUGGGGAGCAAUGGGGUGUUGGGCAUUAUCUUUUCAAGGCAAAGUAG